UUUUUUCAUUAUUUUUUCAUUUUUUUCAUAUACGAUGAGAAAUGCUAUUAAAACAGUGAUCAGUAACGCAACCAAGUCAUAUAUUGAUAUUGCAACAACAGAUCCUGUAGUAGAAAGUCAAGAAGACGGUACAUCAAGAGGCGAUUUCUUGGAUCUCGUCAUCAAAGAACAAAAGAAAGAAAACAAGCGAUUAUGGGAUAAACUCUACCAGUUGGAACAACAACAAAAAGAAGCAGGCAAACACAGAGUCUUUCUGCCAGAAGCAGAGUACACUACAGCCGAUCGAAAAAUGCUCAGUGCACUCAUGUAUGAACAUCGUGAUCUCUCUACACAAAUCACAACUGAAAUGAGCAAAGUUGAGAUGUUUGAUGUGCCUGAUGAUACUAUUCUUGAAGUCAUGUUUAGAGAACGUAUAGAAAAAGAAAUUCAACAGUAUAAAAUGACGAUCGAGUUUGUCAAGGAACAGUUAAGCCAAGCCAAACAUUAUCUAAAAGAAGAACAAGCUACCUUAAAAGAUACAGAGACAUUACAUGCAGGCCUAAAGAAAGAGAAACAAAGAUUAGCCCAUGAAAUUCGAUUCAAACUGACAAAAGAACAUUUACGAGAAGAUAGAGUUAGAUUAGAAGAGAUGAUCAAGAGAGACCAGAAUGAUUUUAUUGACUUUUUAGAUGAAUUCUAUCCUCCUCACCAAGUGGAUGUCGGCAAUGCUAUGAAUACGUUUAAAUGUGAUUUGAAAAAGGUGAUUGAAGAACUCAUGAACAAGGCAGUCAAUUCGCCCGAUAAUCCUUAUGUGACAUUAGUGCCUGGCACUUAUUGGCCACCUUAUAUUCAAACAUUGAUUCAAGCACAAGUAGCACAAUAUGAUCCACAAGAUGCUAAUCGUAUUCGUCUUUAUGACUUUAAGCCUUAACUUUUAUUUUAUUUUUAUUUUGAACAAAA